AUGGCAUAUCGCGGCAACAGCUGGAACACCUUUUAUCGAAUGCUGGCAAAUCAAGCAUCACGGACAGACACAUUUGCAUUCUUGUGCAAACAGGGCUGCUGGUUGGCCAGGUGGCACAUGUUGAUUCAUACUGGUUCUCACUUCCAAACAUUGGCUCAUUUACUCAGCGUCUUACCAAUGGGCGUUCUGAGAUCGUUGGGUGUUUACAGCGCAGCAGGUUUGGUGAAAUGUUAA